CCUCCCGGGGACCCGGCAGCGCCCUCCGCGGCCCCGCGGCGCCGGAAGCGCCGGGCCGGCCCCCUCCCCGCGGCGCCCGCCGCCUUAUCUCGGCGCGGCGGGCGCAGGCGAUCGCGGGCGCGCCGGGAGGGACGUGGAGGCGGCGGCAUGGGCCGGGGGCCCCGGGGUGCGGGCCGCCUGCUGGCGCUCCUGCUGCUGCUCGGCCUGGGCCGCGUGGCGACCGGAGCGGCGGGCGCGGACGAUAUCUGUGCCGCUUGCCAUGAACAUGCUACCUGCGAGCAAAGAGAAGAGAAGAAGAUGUGUAUUUGCAAAUACGGAUUUGUGGGCAAUGGGAGGACCCAGUGUGUUGAUAAAAACGAGUGCCAAUUUGGAGCCACUGUGGUCUGUGGGAACCACACAUCUUGCCACAACACACUCGGAGGCUUUCAUUGCAUCUGCCUGGAAGGAUAUCGAGCCACAAACAACAACAAGACAUUCAUUCCCAAUGAUGGCACCUUUUGUACAGACGUGGAUGAGUGUGCCGUUUCUGGCCUGUGCAGGCGUGGAGGACGGUGUGUGAACACCCAUGGGAGCUUUGAAUGCUACUGUAUGGAUGGAUACUUGCCAAAGAAUGGGCCUGAGCCUUUCCACCCGACCAGAGAUGCCACGUCAUGCACAGAAAUAGACUGUGGCGCCCCUCCUGAGGUCCCAGAUGGUUAUAUCAUAGGAAAUUAUACCUCUAGGCUUGGUGGCCAGGUUCGUUAUGCUUGCAAAGAAGGAUUUUUCAGUGUUCCAGAAGAUACAGUCUCAAGCUGCACAGCCUCGGGUGCAUGGGAGUCCCCGAAAUUAAAUUGCCAAGAGAUCAACUGUGGCCGCCCGCCGGAAGUGCAGCAUGCGAUCCUGCUGGGGAAUCCCAGCUCCAGCCUGGGCGGCGUGGCUCACUAUGUCUGUCAAGAGGGCUUUGAGAGCCCUGGAGGAAAGAUCGUUUCCGUUUGCACAGAGAAAGGCACCUGGAGAGAAAGUACUUUGACAUGCACAGAAAUAAUUACAGAAAUUAGUGAUGUAUCAGUAUUUAAUAAUACCUGUGUGAGGUGGCAAAUAAAUCCAGGAAGAAUAAACUCCAAGAUUGUCUAUGUGAUAUACAUAAAAGGACAACGGUUGGAUCCGAUGGAGUCAGUUCAUGAGGAGACAGUCAACUUGACCACAGACAGCAGGACCCCAGAAGUGUGCCUAGAUUUGUACCAAGCCACCAACUACACCGUGAGCAUUUCCACUGCCCCCCCGAGAAGCUCUGUGCCAACCACCAUUGGGUUCCAGACAGCUGAAGAAGACGAUCUCUUAGAAGAUGAUGGAACUUUCAAUAUUUCGAUAUUUAAUGAAGCUUGUUUGAAAUUGAACAGGCAUUCUAGGAAAGCUGGAUCAGAACGAGUGUACCAAUUUAAAGUUCUGGGUCUAAGGCGGUAUCUGAAUAAUUUCUACCAUGCAACAUCAUUUAACUUCACAACGAGGGAACAAGCGUCAGUAGUGUGUUUAGAUCUGUACCCAGCAACUGAUUACACCGUGAAUAUUACCCUACUGGGGUCUCUGGAGCAGCACUCAGUGCAAAUGACGAUAACAACCACACCUACAGUGAAACAGACCAUUGCUAACAUUUCGAUAUUUAAUGAAACCUGCCUGAGAUGGAGAAGUAUGAUGACAGCUGAUAUAGAAGAGAUGUAUUUUUUCCAUGUUCGGGGCCAGAGAUGGUAUCAGAAGGAGUUUGCCCAGGAAAUGAGUUUUAAUAUCACUACUAGCAGCCAGACUCCUGAGAUGUGCUUGGACUUGCAUCCGGGUACCAACUACAGUGUCAGCGUCCAAGCUUUGUCUUCUGAACUUCCUGUAGUCAUCUCCUUGACAACCCAGAUAACAGGUGAGAAGAUACUCCUGUGCAGUUUGGACUCAGGUGAAAGAUUCGUCGCUCACGCUAGAGCAGAUGAUGGGCGUUGGGCUGGGCUCCGUGGCUGCCGUGAUUGUUCUGGCAUUCCUCCCCUUCUCAGCAGUGUGACUGCAGACGGACGCUAUGAGAGGAGGAUGCACUGCUGCUGGGACAGAUGUCAUGACAGCUGCUCAGGUGCCUGCACAGAGGCCCCGUGUGGCUUCCAUCCGGGUGUGUAUGUGGGUCUACAACUUUCUCCGUUUCCAGCUUGGCCGCAUUCCUGGAUUCAAGAUGGUGACUAUCUUUAAGGAAUCCCCCAAAAGGAGGAAACUCAGGAAUUGCUGACGUCUUCCCUGCUACACGACCAGUUCUGUGUCUAUGAACUUGAGAUGCUUGAUAUACAAUGUAAUACUGACCACAGGCUACAGAUUGCGUGGGCUGGGCCUGUGUCUUCCUCUGAGUGGUGCCUGAGAGUCAGCUCCUCUAGACACUGAAUGAAAGAGAGUCUCUGCAUCUUACUUUAUAGCAUCUCUGUGAAUUAAUUUAGAACCAUUCUUCUAUAGUAAUCAAUGAAUUGGGCUUAAGUUUGGGCUAGAAUUUGACUUUAUGAAGGCAGCCAUUGAAAAAGAUAGAGAUUAUUGACAUAGGAAAACUUGUCAAACACUUUAAAAGCAGCUUUCUUCCUGUAAUUAAUUGACGUGUAAUCAGAAAGUACGCUAGCCUGGCCACUCUGGUAAGUUCCCUGCAAGUCUGUUAGGCAGCGUUGCUUUGAUACAGUUCCGUUUGUCUUAUAUGGGUUCAAAAGCCGUAAGUCUUCAUUCCAGUAAAAAUAUUCUGUUAAUUUAGACAGUUCUUCUCUUCUACAUGAAUGUUCAUAGCAGCCUUGGUUAAUGUUUUUAUAACUAAGCGUCUCCUAAAAGUGCUCUGUGCCUCCCUUUAGAUUCAGUGGUCAUGUAGUUCUAACGGGUUGAAAUGAUAUCAAGCCCGUGGCCAGAGUCCAUGUGUUUACAGGGAAGGGGGAUCAAUGUGGGCGACACGAUCAUCUCUUUCAUCUACAGCCUCAGUAACUGGGAUUGUUACUUUACCAGGAACCAUGACACAUUAGAUGUAGGCAGUCCUGGGCCUACUGUCAACAUGCGGGAUUUGUAGAUGGUGUGUAUUAGAUUUGACUCUUAAAGCCUGAAUCAGUAUUCUGUAACUUUCCUCCCUCACCGACAGUGUAACUCCAAGGCUCACUAAGAAACAAAUGGAGAAGAAAGACAGAGGCUUGUGGCUUCUCCAAGGAACAGUGGUAUUCUCUUCCCUCUUCUCCCUCCCUUUCUAGGCCUGGAGAAGAAAAAGCAUGGGGGAGGAAGAAGGGGACCAGUUAUAUUGCACAACCUCGGGGCACAGCAUAUAUGAAUGUAGUCCUGGAAUUGUGCAACAGUGGUCCUGAGGAAAAGGGACAAUCUUUCCAACGUGGUAGGCGGGCAUGUUCUCUACCAGCUCACUGGGUGUUGGUGACGGACAGAUCUGAGUAGCCUGGACUUGUGGGCAGAUGAGGAGACGAUAGCAACAAUAGGAACAGGUGGAAACUGUCUAUGAAGCUGCUCCACCCUGGGAGAUCUGGCCCAAAGAGUAUCCACUCAAAUGGGAAGAGGCAGAGAGAGGGAGAUGAUAUCCUGACACUUGGGUAGUCAAUGCCAACUGUCAGCCGCUGGCCCCUGCCAGUAUUAGACAGGGCAAUAUUAGGAAAAAUUGUCCUUUGUCCUCUGAGGUGCUACCUCCGACUACAACUCAGGGUCAACAUUUAGAACCCUUCCUGCUCUCAUCUUAGGUGAAUAACAGAGUAGAACUCUCAAUAGACUAGUACAAAUAGCUUUCCAUUUUAAUUUUUAUGUGCAGCAAUUCAAACUCAUACUAUUUUCACAGCUCUUGAAUUAAAUUUGGAAUCAUUACAAAUUAUUGUGGUUAGUAUGGGGUAGGGUCUCUGAUGAGUAAGGAUUUUCCUCAAAGCCUCCUCUAUCCAAGGAGAGAAAAUGAGCCUCCACUCCCAUAUUAUUAUUAUUAUUUUUUUACUGGUUCUCUAAACAGCAUAUGUUUCUAUAGCCCCCCUAAUUUCCAGCUCCAGAAUGAACUGCCAGAGAAGCUACCAUUGUCCACCUGGGGAUUUAGCAUAAUUUUCAUGGAAAGGAAGAAAUCCCACUUGCUUAGUAUCAAAAGUUUCUGGUUAAAAUAACUGACUAGGUAGUCAAUAAAAUGUUCUAGGUACAGUGCAGAAAUACAACAGCAGUGCAUGAAAGAGUACUAAAAUAGCAAAAACGCGGACUUUGUCACUUCCUCUAAAUGUUCCAAAUUAGUACCCAGAGUUGCACAGUGUUGAUACUUAACAGAAGCACAUACUGAACAUUUGCAAAAGGAUAUACCAUUUUUCUACAGUUCUUUUCUGAUAGUUUUCUCCUAAACGCGAAGGCAGCUUUAAGUUCUUUAAAAAUUCCUGGUAGCUUUACCACAAUACUGUUCUUUUUUUCCCAAGUGGAUUCCUGGUUAAGGCAGGAGGGCAUCUCGGGAGACUGAUAGUGGGUCUUCCUGGGAAAAUGCAGGCUGCUUCUGUUGAAGGACCAAUGAAUGCCACUGAAUAAAGCUAGAUCCUAAGGUGGGGAUAGAGCAAGGAUCUUUUCCUUAUUUACUCCCUUGGGGACAGCAUGUAGAGGUGAGCACUGAGAUCCAGUCUUGAGCUCCCUUUCAGACUAGGAAUCAAAACUGAGGGGUUGCCCAGAUGUGGAGCAGAUUAUUCCAUGGCCGAUUUGUGUGUGUGCACCCAUAGUUUUAAUUUGUCUCCACCAUGCUUUUUGUUUAUACGUGUGCUUCCAUCCUGUUCUCACAGCAGUUAUGUGCGGUGGGAAGGUUAGGGGUUAUUGUCUUCCCGUUUUAGAAUGGAGAAGUGGGCUCAGACAGAUAUGUGGCUUGAACUGUGGGGCCAUGUCUUCUGAUCGCAGGUCUACUUCUCAUUCCUGGGGUUUGAUCGGCCUUGAGCUAAUCUUUGGACAGUACUUUUGGGUCUUGGGAGAGUCAGGCCUUUAGAUUUCUAAACAAUAUAUAUAUUUUUAACCAUUGCCUUUACUGUUAUGGCACAUGUCUUUUUAUACCUAUCUUUUCACUGUAAGGUCCCACCCUCCAUCACUUCUAGGAGCCACCAACUACCAAACAAAUAGGUGGAGGUUAAGCAGGGGAGAUAGAUAACAGUCCACCUCUGACUCAAGACCUGAAACUGCAGUUGGGUGCUUAAGCUAAGAUCAGAGCAGAAGUGAUUAUCUUGAAAUUCCACAUUAACUUGGAAUAAAGUUAAUAUUUAAAUUGAUUUUAAAGGAAGUAGAAAAGAAUUCUUAAUGCUCCCUUGUUAUUGCUAAUCUCCCAUUCUGAUUUUCUGUUGUUCCAUUCUGUUUAUCUAAGAGAAAACCAGUAGCAGUAGUCAAUCAAAUAGUGUUUUAAGGACCUUUUGUCUACCACACCAUUGUUGGUUAAACUGGAGCGCCCAGUUUGGGAGAGGGUGGAAGGUGUGACUUUUUCUGUGCCCAGGUUUGUGGGCGGGUGAUACAAUGAAGCACAUCAAUUUAAAAAAGCAGUGUAAGCUCAUUGUUUCAGAGAGAGAAAGAGAAUGAAUGAAUCAUUUUAGUGAUGUGUGUGUGUGUGUGUAUCUAUAUCCAUACUUUUUUUGGUACAACACAGGGUUACCAAAAUGAGGUCAAACUAUGCAUGUGGCUUUGUAAUAAUUGUGCUUCUUUCAUUCAUCAACAUAUUUUGGGAGCAUUUUUCAUGUCAAUAACAACUGCAUUUACAGUUUGUACCAUCGUUUAUGUAACCAGUACUCUAUUGUGCCUUGUGGAUUUAGAGUGUUUCCGGAUGUUAACUAUCCUUAUACAAGUCUGUAUAAUUGUCUGCAGUUAUCACUUAAGCUAAGGUCCUAGAAGUGAAAUUGUUGGAAUGAAAACUAUAUAUAUUUUCUGUUUACUAUGUAUUGUCAGAGGAAUCUCACCGAGAGUUUAUACUCUUGCCAGCAGAAAGCCUCAACCCCACUGGGUUUCGUGGAUGUCUUUAAUCUUGGUUAACAUUGUAAGUGAAAAAUGAUGUUGUAAUGUUUUUUUUUGCAUUUCUCUGACUGUUUUGCAUGUUGAUCGGCCAUUUGUAAUUCUGUCUUAGUGAAUUGCCUUUUUUCUCAAUACUUGGCUUAUUUGUCUUUUAUUGAUUUGAAAAAGCCCUUUGUAGCAUAGUAGUUUUCACUCUUAGCUGUCAUGUAUUUUGUAAACAAAUUUUCUAGUUUAUCAUUUCUCUUUUGACCCUGUUUGUGUCUUACGCUGCCACAUGAACACUUUAAAUUUGUAUAGGCAAAUUUAGCGGUCUUUUUCCUUAUGUGGCGUUUUGCCUUUGGUGCCGUGCUUAGAAGAACCUUCCGAUCUCAAGGUAAUAAGUAUAAUUCAGCAGUUUUAAAAAACAUUGAAAUCUUUAAUCUAUCUGAAAUGUCUUUUAGUAAGAGCAGUGAGGUUAGGGGGAAUCUUUUUUUAUUUUUGCUAAAUGGUUUAGCCAAUAGUCCUAUUAAUGUUCAUUGACUGCUAUUUUUUUCCCCUAGUGAUUUGAAUCAUAUACUGAACCAUAUACUAGAGUCUACUCCUGAACUUUCUCUUUUGCUCUGUUGAUCUAUUUCUGUGCCAACACCACCUGCUGUAACUUUAAAAUAGGGUUUUUUUUAUACCAAGUAAGUUACCAUUCUUUUUCUGUUAACUCUCAGCUUUUGUUAUAUAUUUAUUCUUGUAUACAUAUUUAUUAAACAUAAACUAAAGAAUUAUUUGGUCAGUUUCCCCCCAAAAUCUUAAUAUUUUUCUUGAGGAGGUGUUAAAUAAAGAGUGCUCCU